GUCCAACCAAAGCCGGAACAUGAACAAAUAAAUAAAACAAAAUCAAGUUUUGUCUCUCUCAUCCUUAAAAAUGCCAUUUGUACAUCGUUCAUAUCAAGAUUCAGUCUUUAUUUCUCUCUCUUUCUUCCUGUCUUCUUCUUCAACAUCCCCAUUGUUCUUUCCAUCAUAUAUAACCACCAUUAAUCCCCAAUAACUUCUCUAAAAUAAAACAAAACAAUCAAUGCAGACAAACACUAUCAAAAACGUCGACCAAUCCUCGUCGACGAUCCUCAUCCAAUUACAAUCAGCAUGUUCAGAUCUCAAAACCCUUCUCCAAACAUCAACAGACAUGGAAACCCACCUCAAAAAGAUGGACAAAAGAUCAGAUUCUUUACACCAAGCUUUAAUAGCUGCUUCAACAAGUAUCGUUCCUUUACAAUCGCUAUCCAUCGCUGCCAAAUCGCUCGAAACAAGAAUCAAUCGCGCAGUAUCUCCGUCGAUUUGUCUCAUUGAUGGGUUCAAAUUAGCGGAGAAUCUCCAGCGUAAACUCAUCGAUUUCUCCGAUGAAUUACGAACUGAGAAAUCGCCUAAGAAACGUCUUCGGAUUCUAAAGAAAUAUGUUGAUUGUGUUGAUGAACUUAACUCGGCUAUUAAUUCUAUUAGCCAAGAGGGUGAACCCGCGAUUCAAAAGUUACAAGAAGUGGUUGAGUUUCUAAGUCGGACGAAGGCAACAGAUCAAUAUAGAACACAUCGAUUAAGAGAAACUUUGAUUACUCUCAAAGCAUUGUAUGAAACGGAAGUUGACGCAAUGAGAUUUGAUGGGUUGCUCGAUGAAGCGUUAUUGAAUUUACAAGACGAGUUCGAGUCUUUGUUGCUACAACUAAAACACCAAGACAUUAAGGAAGGAAAUGACGAAGAAAUUGUGACCUAUGAUUUGGCAAAUGAAUUUCAGGUCGAUGUUUUGAAGCAAAUUGCAGAGACACUUGCAGCCAAUGAUUGUGUAGAUAUUUGCAUUGAUAUCUUUAUAAAGGUUCGAUACAGAAGAGCAGCAAAAGCAUUAAUGCGUCUGAAUCCAGAAUAUCUCCGAACAUAUACGCCGGAGCAAAUCGAUGAAAUGGAAUGGGAAAAUCUUGAAUCAUCAAUCUCUCUUUGGAUCCAACAUUUUCAAAUCGCCGUCAAAACAGUCCUCGUCGCCGAAAAACAUCUCUCUGAUCAAAUCCUAUGUUCCAUCUUCCAUAACUCUCUCUCCUCUCAUUGCUCCGCCAAAAUCUCCGACAAGAUCAUGGCUGUCUUCUUCCGCUUUGGUGAAGCCGUAGCUCGUAGCAACAAAGAGCCUCAAAAACUCUUCAAACUUCUAGACAUGUUCCAAUCACUACAAAGUAUCAAACCAGAAUUCUCCACCGUCUUCGAAGGAGAAGCCGGAGAAGACAUCUGUACGAGGUUUCGUGAGCUUGAGAAACUUCUAAUACAUAGUUCAUGUAAAGUUUUUUGGGAAUUUGGAUUACAAAUAGAAUGUAAUCAAGAUGGUUAUCCGCCCCCAGCAGAUGGAAGUGUUCCAAAAUUGGUCAGAUAUGCUACAAAUUAUUUGAAAUUUUUGACAACAGAAACUUAUUGUGGUUUGAUGGGUAAGGUUCUUCAGACAGAACAUGUUUGGAAAUCUGGUGUUUUGUCGAAACCUGAAUUGGAAGAAGAUUUAUUAAGGGAAGCCAUUGUUAAUAUUAUGGAAGCAAUUCAAAGGAAUGUGGAAACGAAGAGAUCUCGUUAUAGAGAUAACAUUCUUUCUCAUGUUUUUGCCGUCAACACUUACUGGUACAUUUACAUGAGGACUAGAACUUCAGAAUUGGGCAAACUAUUGGGGGGACAAUACAUGAAAAAGAAGUACAAAGCUGCAGCAGAGGAAGCAGCUUACUUGUACCAAACACAAGCAUGGGGAACUCUAAUAAAACUUCUAGACAAGGAAGAUCUAAAGAGAGCUAAAAAAGAUGCAAUUGGAAGUCUGGUUAAAGAAAAGAUGGAAGCUUUUAUGAAUGGGCUUAAUGAAAUCACACAAAAGCACAUGAAUUCUUACUCUAUAAGGGAUUUGGAUUUAAGGGAUCAAAUCAAAGAUGCUACUUUGAAGCUUGUUGUUCCAACUUAUAGAGAGUUUGUUGAAUCCUAUGUUUCUUUUGUGCAAGUCAAGUCUUAUUUGUCUCCGGAAUCGAUUCAAGUGUUGUUGGAACAGGCAUUUGAGGGAGGUGAUCGUGAACAGGCUGGUGAUGUUAAUUCUUUUGGGUAUAGGCGUGGAUCAAAUUUGAGGAAGUCGGUUGGAGAUUCGCGAGAUAUGGGAUCGUUUAAUAGGUCGAAUAAUAGUAUUGCUAGUCAUGCAUGAAAUGUAUUACAUUUAGUGUGUUUUAUUGAGAAUAAUGAUCAUUGUAAGUUGUUUGUAUUUGAAAAUGAUAGACAAUGGGAUUUACAUUGAUGAAUUGGAGAUUGGUUUAA